AUGGUCUGCGUGCUUGCUCUCCAGGUGAAGCGAAUUCGCCGAGGCGGGCCAAGAAAAGUGUCUGUCACGCUGCCCGUGCACGACCAAGGUGCUCGCGUUCAUGUGCGCUGCGCGGCAAAGGUGGCGAACGCGAGGGGAGGAGGCGGCGGAGGGAUCGGUGCCGGCGGCGCCGGCGGCGAGGAAGAAAACGAGGAGGAGCGGCUGGCGGCGACGGCGGCGGCGUGGCGGAUGCUGUCCGGGUACGAGCGGCGGAGCCGGGAGGCGUCCGUGAUGGUCGAAGCGCUGGCGAGGGUGGUCGCGGGCGGGGCGCCGCCUGCCGAUGCUCGCUGGGAGGCUGGCUCGCCGGCGGGGGGCUUGCAGGGCUACGGCUACUACGGCGAGAUGUUACCGUCUCACGCGGCACCGCCGCCGCCUCACGAGUACGGCGCGGCAGCGGCAGCGGCGCCGGCGCAGCACUCGCCCGCGGCGACGGCGUCGGCGGGCCCGAGCGGGGAGAUCCCGUCGCCGUCCUCUGCGGAAAGCGGCGGCGCCGGCGGGCCGCGGCGGCGGUACCGCGGCGUGCGGCAGCGGCCGUGGGGGAAGUGGGCGGCGGAGAUCCGGGACCCGCACAAGGCGGCGCGCGUGUGGCUGGGCACCUUCGACACCGCCGAGGCCGCGGCGCGGGCCUACGACGAGGCCGCGCUCGGGUUCCGCGGCAGCCGCGCCAAGCUCAACUUCCCGGAGUCGGCCACGCUCCGCCCGCCCUCGGCGCCGCCGCCGGCCGCCGCUCCUCCUCCUCCUCCGCCUCCUCCGCCGCCGCCUCAGAGGCCGGAGGCGCUGCUGGAGUCGCAAGCGCUGGCGGGCGGCGGGGAGUACUCGGAGUACGCCCGGUUCCUGCAGGGCGCCGGCGAGCCGCCCCGCUUCCUCGAGCAGACGGUGACCGCGCCCGCCGCGGCGCCGGGCUCCCCGUCGUUCCCGGUGUUCCUCAGCUUCGGAGGAGCGAGUGGAAGCGACGGCGCGGAGAGCCAUCAGUGGUGGCCGCAGGGGAGCCGCUCCGGAAGCGACGGCGGGGCGCCGCCGGCGACACAGGCGGACUCGGGGUGGUGGCCCGCGCCGCCGCGGGACCCGUCUGCGGGGUGACCCGCGUCGCCGCAGGGGUCGAGUUCCGGACGCCCCUGCAGUGCUGAUCCGGAUUUUGGGCCCACUUUUAUUCCACGUCAUUUUGAUCCGAGAAUACACAUUCAUACGGCAUGUAGAAUCAUAGGUGUAGCGGUAGAUACCUUUUCUCUUUCGUUUUUGAGAUGCAUUUGUAUUCGUGGAUUCUUUUCGAAUAAGCUUUCGUUGCUUUCUCGGUGAGAAAAAAUGAGCAAGCAGUGAGAAU